CUCCAUUGAACACUGUAGCACAAACACUAACAUCACUGGUACACUUCUCUACCCCUUUGUAUGUAGUUCGAAUGCAAUUAAUAUAUUUUCAAUAGUCACAAAAUGCAGUCAACAUCUUACUUACACUAUGCCUCUUAUUGUGGGCGCAAAACAUUCCUGGUUUUAAUCCUUUUUUCCACAUUGCAAGUUGGAGUCAUUAGAGCAGAAUUGUCAUGUCACUAUUGCAAAGGUAUUAACUGCAUUCGAACUACAUACAAAGGGGUAGAGAAGUGUACCAGUGAUGUUAGUGUUUGUGCUACAGUGUUCAAUGGAGAGACAGUCGAAGCCCAAGGCUGCUUGGACACAAUUGAAGAAAAUUUGAGGGAAAAAUGCCGUGGAAGUGCCGUCGACCAUCUAAACCAAUGUCACAAAUGCAAUGAAGAUCUCUGCAAUGAAUGGGCCCCAUCGGAUUUCCAAUGCAUUCAAUGCGACUCAAAAAAGGAUCCCAACUGCGCCAAGCAUGGUGAAGACUUAGAGAUUCAACCUUCUCGUUGCCCCAUAAGUCGCACACCCAACAUGUUAUGCUACGCUUUAAAAGAUGGAGAUACAAUUACUAGGGGAUGUUCUUCCACAUUGCAGGAGCAGAAAACCUGUAUGACUUCCGAGGAAUGCUUUGUUUGUAAUCCUUUAAUUUUGCCUGCAUGUAAUAACAUUCUGCUCAAGGAUGGGCCACCAAAACCAAAACCAACAUCAAAGCCAAAUCCCAAUGCUGGCUCCGCCAUAAGCAUCAGAGUAGAACAUUAUCUCAUUCUGCUAGUGGCAUACGCCUGCAAAUACUUUUAAAAAAGUGUUUUUUUUUUUCAGAGAUUUUUAGAUGCUUUUAAAAAAUAGAAUUAAACGAACAAUAUCAAUAAUUUUGGAAGUGGUUUCCUAGUAUAUUGUAGCCUUAUAGUUUUAGGGAAUGUACGUAACAAAACAACUCAAAUAAAGGACAAUAUACAUACAUA